AUGCUAGGAUUAGAAGCUUGGGAUCCAGUCAACCUUCUGGCGACCAACAAAUUCCAGAGCCGGAAGCAGCUCAUGUUCGAGAUCAUGGUGACGCGGUCCAAGAGGAUACGGACGACGAGCGAGAAGCUAGCGAACUACGCACACCGGCUCAGCUCCAAGCGACAAAGCAAGGACGCCUUUCUCGGAUUAUCAGUCCUGGACUACCUCGGACCUUAUGGUAUGGUGGCGUAA